GACCUUGAUGUCCCUACUACCUUUCUGCAUCAAGUCUUAUGUAUUCGGUUGUUGCGUUCGUUUGGUUCGUUUCUAAUGUAGUGCAGUUUUUCAACGACUGUGUGGUUAUUCGUAUGGGUGUGGAAUCGUCGUCGUCGUUAUUUAUAUUGUGAAGAAUAUUACGCGAUCAUAUCGGUAGUGUGAAUGAAAAAGUACACAAAAAAACUCGGUAUUGUUUUCAACUAGCCCUAAAGUAAUAUUUAGAAAUUGACUAGUGUGUAACGAAAUAUCUUAAUUGUGAAUUGUUGCCUGUUUUUUCCUCUUCGGUUCGAUUAUUUUGUGCUUCAGUUCAGCUGUUGUUCAGUGUUCUUGUGUCGAUGUCGGUUAAAAGUAAAAUUUAUCUGUCUGUUGAAUACUUCGUUACAUAUUGUGCCUGUGCGGUUAGUUUAUAGAGUUGUGUUUUUUUGCCACAGUGUAUUGUGUGUAACUGUGUAUUUGUUUAGAAGAAACUCGCCGAGUGCUACAAGUUUGCCCUUCGUUACUGCUAAAAAAUUGUACGACGAUUUUGAUCGAUUUCCGAAAAAACUUUGGUAUGAUAUCUCCAAGUUCAAUGGAUUUCCAGACAAUUUCGAUUCGAUUCGAUUUUCUAGAGGUUAUGGUGUAGUAGUCGAGGCAGACCAUGAUUAGAGCUAUGAAGGAGAUAAUUUUUCUGCUUCUGGUGUACGCUUGGACAGAAACGUACGCCACGAAGCAGGAUUGGAUGCAAUGCUCCGAUGUCGUGAAAGGCUGCGUUUGCAAAUGGGUGAGUGGCAGGAAAACGGCGACCUGCUUCAGGGCUUCAUUCACCGAUAUCCCGCAAGGUUUCAGCGACGAGAUACAAAGUUUGGUCUUGGACUAUACGGAAAUCAGAACGUUGAAGAACGACGCGUUUAAACAAGCUGGAUUGAUUAAUUUGCAGAAAAUUUCGAUGAAAUAUUGUAACAUUCACGACAUCGAGAAAAACGCGUUCGCUGGUUUGGGUAUCGUCAUCGAGAUCGAUUUGUCUGGCAACCAGAUUCGUAGACUAGAUCCGAAAUUAUUCGUCGCGACCGAGAAAUUGCGACACGUGUAUCUGAAUAAUAACUCGAUAGAGAAGCUAGACGAUGGAUUAUUCGCCGAUUUGAAGUUCUUGCAAACGGUCGAAUUCGAAGAAAAUCAAAUUUCUCACAUCGGCUAUAAAGCGUUCGAUAAUAUUCCGCAAUUGAAAAAUGUGAAAUUAAAUAGCAACCAGUUAUCCCAUUUGAAUAAAAGGAUAUUCGAGAAAUUCGGCGGCUCGUUGAAAAGCCUAGAGUUGAAGAACAACCCGUGGAAAUGCGAUUGCCAUCUUCGAGAUUUUAUGGUUUGGUAUACGGAAAGGCUGUACACGGAUCCGACCACUUGUUUCGAACCCGAGUAUUUGGCUGGUUCGUCGUGGAAACAAAUCCAGCCCGAGCAGUUUGCAUGUAAGCCGGAUGUACUUUGGCCAUCGUCGGAUACCGUCUUCGAAGCUAACAGUGAUCAGUUAACUUUGUCGUGUAAAGUGAUCGGUGAUCCGAAACCAGAAGCUUAUUGGACGUUCAAUUCGAGACCGAUUGGAAAUCGCACUGUAGCCGGACCUUCGUUAUCAGAUCGCAAGUAUAUGGAUUACCAUAGCGAAGAGAGUGCGUUCUGGGUGAACGUAACGAUCCACAAGAUGAAUCACCAAGAUCGUGGUAUCUACAGCUGCGUAGCGAAGAACCCUGCAGGAAUCAUAGAAAGAAACGUUACCGUGUCGGUGCAAUCGGAUACUCCACUAUUCGGCAUCGGUUUGGCUAGCAAGAAUAUCGGAGAUGUUUGGGUGCUUUUGCUGUGCUUGUUUAUUGGUAUUGUGUGCGCUUUGAUCUUAAUAUUUAUGCUGUGCUUCCUGUGUUGCCGACGAGCCGAAACCAUAGUGGCGAAAAAGCCGCCAAACAAUUCGAUAACGGCGAAUGGCGACCUUACACACCAUAUCGUAAUGGAACCAGAACAACAGAAGACGUUGUUAACGGCUGUGAAUCCUGUACAAAAACCACCGCGUAAAUACGAUUCGUCGCCGCAGUCCGACAGCGGAGGUGCCGAAAUGACAGAAUUGAAUCGAAAUCUAUUGGAUGACACAUCCGUGCUAGGCGGUACCAGCGUAGCCGGUGACUCGAUAGAAGAACGCAGAUCGAACAACUCGAUCGAGCAGCUGUCGUCGUGCAAUUCGCAAGACAACCUGUUGCUGGAACGUCUGAGGCCUCUAAACAGAUCUCACCAUCCGCCCGACCUGCUGGCUUUCCCGAACCGGCGCACCCAAGGAUCGCCGGCCGGCAGCGUCGUCUCCAACGACCCGGAUAAUUCGCGUUUCCGCGCCAUUCAUUCGCCGGUCCGCAGCCCCAUCUAUCAAAUGCACCAGUACGCUCCGUCGUACGAAACGCUACCAUAUUCGCGAACCCAAUCGCCGUUCAGUCCGACGUCAAUGACGCCGGUCAUCCAGCACCGGCAGGGUUACGUGACGAUACCGCGAAGACCUCGUGUACCGAGCUGGUCAAGCGCGCCGACGCCCACCAUGGAAGAAGCUCUCACAAAGGCUGAACCCGUAUACGAUAAUUUAGGUCCACGUACGACAGCCGACGGCAGCUCGGUACUGUCGUUGACGCGAAAAGUGGCCGAUUCGUCGCCGAGUAAUAUGAGAAGUCGACCUUUACCUCCGGCGCCUCUCUACAGCAGUCAUACGUUACCGCAUAAGAGUAAGCUGAACCACGUGUAUUUGGCGAUACGCGAAAACGAAGAGCCGCAAUUCAGACCUGUGCAGAAUGGCAGCGGCGACAGCAGAGGUGUAAUCAGACCUUUGCCUUUGCAGUACUCGCCGUCCAGCGAAACACCACUUCCGGUACAUGAUAAAAAACGAGCCAGUUGGGCGACCAGACAGGUACCGGAGACUGGCACACUAAAGAAGACCAAUCCAAACCAAGUAUCGCCUACUAGGAAUACCAGUACACCUAUACCUACUGUGACUGCUGCCAAUGGUAGCGUAUCUGGUGGUACUCCGUCUUCAAAGUCUCAAAAAGUUCCUCCGAAGCCACCGCCAAAGCCAAAGAAAAAUGGACCGUUGUUCGAAGACGAAGGAGAAGAUGGCACCGAAGUUUGAUUGGUACACGAUACGUAUGUACUUCGAAUCCUUCGUAAAUUCAUUUCGUCACUCGCCAAGUAAACGAUCAGCGCCCAAACAGCGUAGCUAAUGGGAUGAACCCACCGCUUCGUUGGGUUUAAAAAAAAGUCUCUUCUCGGAUUUCCAGCUUCCCUCCUUUUUUCGCUACAUAAUUGAUGAUCGAGGUGCUCGAUAUAGCCUCAUCAUUCAUCAUUCAUCAACCGUCCAAUUCCACCGAAAAUUCCAAAAAUCAACCGUUCGUUUUGGACGCAGAUCGUUUCUCUGAGAUGUUAAAGACUGUUCUCCUCGGUCCUCUCGUGAUUACAUUUAAGUCAAUUAUUUUUAUCUUUAGCUGUAAUGUAAUUUUUUUACUCAUGUUGUUUCAUUUUUUUCUUUGUUUAAGUAUUAGUUAAUGUGUUUUUUUGUUCUCAUCUCUCUUUGUAAAUACGCGAUUUUUUUUUUUUUACUGGAGCAAUCGGUUGUCAAAAAGUUAUUCUAAGUGACUUUCAUUCAAUAUGAAACUUUUCUUGCCUCAUGUCUUUCAGAACUAAAGUUGUCUAGAUAAGAUUUUCAUGAAAUUUAGUGCUUCGGUAUAGCUUUAAUAGUGUUGAAUUAAUAUAAGUGCAAGUUGUUUAAAAUAGUGUUUUGGUCUGUAAAAUUGAUUAUGGAAUGUUGAAAGCGUUGGACAUUGCAUGAUAGGAAGAUGGUUCGAAAAAUUUUCACAUUUUGUCUGGUUGAUUGUUGAAAAUUCCAAAAAAAAAAAAAUAUUAAAUCCAUUUUUUUUAAUUUUGGAAGAAGCUCUGAAGUUUUAUGAUGAAAUAGUAGAUUUCUCAUCUCAGCCAUUUUCUAUCGAGGAAUAAAAUUAAAUUCUGGUUUUUUCUCAAACUACUCUUCCAAUUGAUAUGUAAAAUAAUACACAAAUGAAAACUGUAUUUUUUAAAUUGAAAAUUAUGCUCUGAUAGCCUACUUUACAAUUCAAAGUAUCAAUAAUUUCAAAUUUAUAAAAAAAUUGUACAUUUUUUUCUGAAUGAGCUAAUUUUUAAAAAAAUUUUCAACUUGCAAGAUUAUUUUCUUUGAAAAAUUCAAAAACAGAAAAUUUGAAAACAGCUGCUGAAUUAUUUUUUUGGAAAAAAAGUAAACUUUAAGCUGAUGUUUCCAAAAAAAAAUAUUUGUGUAAGAAUUAUUGGAAUUCGUAUUUUUACUUAUAUUUGAUAAUUAAUUAAGUACGUUGAUUUGGUUCAGAUCAGAGUAAUUUAUGAAGAAUAAUUUACUCAAUUGAUUUUGAUUGAGACUAAUGGAAAAAAACUUUACUCAGAAAUGAAUCUUGAAGUUGAACCCCAUUUUAAGACUAAAAAUGUUUGUAAAUCGUCGAUGAUUAACGCAUUUGUAUACCUGAUUUGAAUUCUUUUUUUUUUUUUUAAUAAUUAAAAUUAUAGAUUAAGUACUGAAUUUUCUUGAAAAUAAAAUUAAAAUUGCAAUUUCGAUCGUAAAAAUUCAAAGUAUUUUAGUACCAUUAGAGCUGAAAUGUGAAACUUUUUUCUGACCAUCCUGUAGUUGCGAUCUCAUUCAUUUUGUGGUUAUUUUUCAAUUUCAACGUACAAUUUUGAAUUAGCCGACGCAUUUAAAAUGAACAAAAAAAUUAAUAGUAGAUUUUCAUUCAGAAAAUAUUAAUAUUUUUUUUCUUUUUUUUUUAAAUAGGUAUUUCAAGUGAAUUUGAUACUCUCUAAUAUAAAAUCUAAUGAUGUAUUUCAUUAACGAAAUUGGCGCUUUGAAUUUAUUUUGUAAGUUCCUACGUAUUAUUAGUGUAAGGCUACAACAAAAAACGAGUAGUUAUUUUGAUCGGUGAUAUACUUUCAAUACCGAGCUUUAGACAAGUUAACCGGAUGAAUAUGAGUAACUAUAAUAUUUCGAUUUAUUAUUCGAAAAACGAACGUUCUACCAAAAUUAUUUCAAAAUGUACGUUUAUCUUUAUUUUAAUAUUACACCCGAAUAUUAAUUUUAAAAUAAGAAAUUAAAUAUUUCAAGUACUACUAUUUUACUCGUAGUUACCAAAAUGUUUUUUUAAUAAUUUAUAUAUUUUGAUUUUUUUUUGCCAAACGUUCUAUUUAUUUUGUACUUGUGCAUUGUUUGAUGAGAAAAAUGUUAUUGAUAGUGCAAUGUGUUCCAUGAAACUGGGGCAAUAAUUUUUAGCCAAGAUGUAAUCGAGGCGAUGAACAGAAAACGUAUCGUGGCUUGGAGCUAAUUUGUUAAAUUGAGGGAGCAAUGAUUUUCAACUAUUUAGAGAGUGCUAAAAAAUAAUUAAGUCAAUCCAAUGAUGGCUAUACUGUAUUUGAUCAAAUGAAUAUUGCCCAUUUUUAAAUUUAAAGUAGCAAACUAAAUGUGAACAUUUCUGAAUUUUUCAAAUCGUGUUUGCUCCUUUAAUUUUGAAAAUUGUCAACUGGUAUCCGAACAUUUUUCUGUUUUCAUCGAAUACCUAAUUCCAAGUUACUGAAUUUUCAUUCCAGUUUUAGUCACAUUUUUUGUUCAUCUCCUUAAAUUUCAAUCAAGGUUAGAGUAUUGCUCACGUUCAAUUUGACACGUGUAUUGUUUAAUUGUUGGAUUUUGUUUUUUUAAUACGUAAUACUGUUUUUAAUAGGUUAGUAAAUCUUGAAUUAGAUUUGUAGGUGUACUGAAAUGCAGCAGAAUAUUUUGUUCAGUCUAGAUGUGGUAACUGAUAAGAUAUCCAUCCUACAAUGUGGAAUUUUUCAAAAAAAAAAAAUUUAUAGCUUAUUUUAAUGUUGGAAAGAAUGUAUCGAUCAAAUCUAUUUGAAAAAUAAUUCAAAAAGUGAAUAAAUCUAUCUUUGACUCUUAAACUAGGUAUUAAAUGAAAGCUGCUGCAAAUCGGUACAUUUAUUUGUAAUUGACUCGUGUUUAUGUUGAUAACUCUGAUUUUUCAUAUUUAUUUUUUCAUUCAUCAUUGAAUUAAUUUAAUUCACCGAAAUGUCAAUGCAUGCUAUUUUGCUUUUAUUUUUUCCCCCUCUCGUGUAAAAUAAUGUACAUUUUUUUCUGAUUAUUUUUACUCACUUAUUAUUUACGUGAGUAAGUAAAUAUUUUGUUGUGUAUGAAUUUAUAUUGUUUAAAUGUAUUAUGUAUUUAUGACGAAUAUUUUUUUUUGUGAAUGUUUCCUUUUUUAUUUGUGUUAACCUUGCCUAUUUGUGUUGUGAAUUUUUUGUUAAUAAAUUAUGCAUUUCGCGUAAAAAUGCUUAUGUAAGCGAAUGGUUUGAUAUACAUUUUGUAUUAUAGGGACCAGAUUGUUCUAUGAAAAGACAGUUCUAUGCUUAUUAAUUAAUAUAUUGUAUCUAUGUAUUUAAUGAAUAUAUAUGAAAAAAAUGAUGUUUACUUUUAUGUAUAAAAAUAUCGACUUACUCGUGUAAGAAAUUUUUUUGACUGGAAUGUGUAUUUUGUAUCCUCGUGUUAAAAAUAUAAAAUAUAUUUUUUUAUUUACGUUA